AUGUCAAGCAACGUGGUUGUCAAGAAGAAUGAUCCGAGGGAUUUUACUAUUUCAUGCACUAUCGGGAUGUUCCAAUUUGCUAAAGCAUUAUAUGAUUUUGGGGCUUGUAUAAAUUUGAUGCUCUAUGACAUUUUCAAGAAACUCGGGUUGGGUGAACCAAAACCUACAACUAUGCGUCUUCUCAUGGCCAACCGCUCUAUCAAGCACCCCAUGGGAAUUCUUUAUGACAUUUUGGUGAAGAUGGACAAAUUUAUAUUUCCAGCUGAUUUUGUGAUCGUCAAUUGCGAGAUUGAUGAUGAGGUCCCUAUUAUUCUUGGUAGGCUAUUCAUGGCUACCGACAAAGCUCUAGAUGAUGUGGAAAGCAGUGAAUUGACAUUUCGGAUAAAUGAUGAGGAAGUUACAUUCAAUGUUUGCAAAUUGAUGAAGCAACCAAGUAACCUCCAUGUGAUAUUGGUCAUUGAUGUGAUUGAUGAAGUACUUGCUAGUGUGAGUGAAGUUUCUUGUGUUGGUGAAUCUUUGACGCCCGUUCUUCUGAACUAUUAUGGGGAGAAAAGUCAAGAUUAUGAUGAAUUGGUGGCUGCUCUAUCGUGUUUAGGUUCUUAUUCUAAUAGAGAUUUGAAACUUGAUAUCGAUUUGAAGAAUAGAGAAAGUCCUCCCACAAAGCGAUCUAUGGAAGAACCACAAAAGCUAGAAUUGAAGGUACUUCUCUCUAACCUUCAUUAUGUGUUCUUGGGAGCCAAUAAUACUUUGCCCCAUGAUUAUUGUGGUAGAUUUGAUUCAAUGGCAAGUGCAAGUGCUUUUUAG